UGAAUUGAAUUGAAUUGCGGUUUCUUUGUUCUUCAGACAGGAUGUGAAACCAGGUGUCAGCAUGGUGAGGAGGGUCAAAGAAGCGGUGAAGAAGGAGAGCCAACAUCAGGAGACGAACGUGAAGAACCGACAGAAGAGCUUCAAAGAGCAGGAGAAAGAAAGUAGAGAAGCGGCUUUACAAAACUCCCUCAGCAGUCAGAACAAGGGCUUCGCUCUCCUGCAGAAGAUGGGUUACAAAGCCGGCCAAGGCCUCGGGAAGCAGGGUGCAGGGAGGGUGGAUCCUAUUCCCCUAAAUAUUAAAACAGACAGAGGGGGCAUUGGAAUGGAAGAGGUGAAGAAGAGAAAAGCCGAGGAAGAACUGGAAAACUAUCGACAGAAAGCACGAGCCAGCCAACAGAAUGAAACCAAAUCUCUGGAAGACUUCAGGUCAAGAGUGCGGACGGAGAGAGAGGAGCGCAAGAUCGAAGGAGAUCUCAGGAGGAGUCGGCGAGCCUGCGAGCAGCUCGACAGUCAGAAGGGCAUCAGCGUCCCCAGAGAGGAGUGGUACUGGCCCAAUGAGGAGGAGGAUGCUCCUAAGGAUGAGGAAGAGGAAGAGGAGGAGGAGGAGGAGGAAGAGACGGAGCAGUUAACUUCCUUUGACAAACUUCAGAUCCUGACGUCCUACCUGAGAGGAGUCCAUUUUUACUGUAUUUGGUGCGGGACCACCUAUAACGACGAAGACGACUUAUGCUCCAACUGUCCUGGAGACACCGCCGCAGACCAUGAAUGAAGCUGCACAGAAGACGUUAAAGAAAUGUUUGUUAAAGAGCGCAGACAGAUUUCAUGUGAAACUUGAGCUCAGCUGUAAAAAAAAAAAAAAAA